CUUCGAUAUCCGUUUCCUGUUUGGACUGACGUGUUAUUAGAAAUAGAAGAAUAAACUUACAGAUAUGAACAGGUCACAAUUUGUUUUUCUACUUAUUUUCGCACUUUUGGCCAUUCAUCUGGUCGGCGCACCACCCGUAGACCCUAAGAAAAAGAAAGAAAAAGAAAAGGAGCAUGAGGAAGACGAAGGAAAUGAAUUGGACGAUUAUGGGUUAGAAUACGGACGUUACCUCCAGCAAGUCGUUCAGGCUCUGGAGGAGGAUAAAGACUUUGCUAAGAAGUUGGAAAAUAUUUCCACCGACCAAAUUAAAAGUGGAGACGUGGCCAAGGAAUUGGAGUUUGUCAAACACAAUGUUCGCACGAAGCUAGACGAGUUGAAACGUAUAGAACUAGAACGUCUGCGUAAGCUAAGUAGAGAGGAGAUGGAGAGAUUGGAAUUAGGUCUGUACAGAAACGAAGAUGGUCACUUAGCUCCGCCGUCCAUCGACGGUCGUAGGUGGCGGACUAUAUCCUCGGCGGGUGACGGUGAAGGAAUAAAUCGAAAACAUAUAAAAGUGCCUCAUCAUUUGGACGUAGAUAACAAGCAUACAUUUGAAAUUGAAGAUCUGAGAAAAUUAAUGAAAGCGGCCACGCGCGAUCUGGAAGAAUUAGACAGGAGACGGAGAGAAGAAUUCAAACAGUACGAGUUAGAAAAGGAAUAUCAAUUCCGGGAGAGCCUGAAAAAUAUGUCCGAGAGCGAAAAGGCCGAACAAAUGAAGAAACACGAAGAAAUGCUCAAGAAACACAAGGAUCAUCCCAAAGUCCAUCAUCCCGGAAGUAAGCAGCAAUUGGAACAAGUGUGGGAAGAGCAGGAUCACAUGCAGGGCAACGAAUUUGAUCCAAGAGUCUUCUUUGCCAUGCACGAUGUUAACGGUGAUGGUUAUUUGGACGAACAAGAAGUAGAAGCUAUCCUGAGUCUAGAGAUCAAGAAAAUGUACGACCCUCAGAACAACGUGGAGGACGAUCCACAGGAGAUGAUGGAAGAAUACAAUAGAAUGAGAGAGCACGUCUACAAAGAGACCGAUAAAAACAAAGACGGACUCAUCAGCAAGGAGGAGUUCAUGGACAUGACAAAGAGGGCCGAUUUCGAGAAGGACGACGGGUGGAGGGGAUUAGAUGAACAACAAAUUUAUACCGAAGAAGAAUUAAAAGCCUACGAAAAGAAAAGAAUAGAAGAGUUACAGAAGUUGAAUGCUUAUUAUGGAUAUCAGAAUGCUCAUGGUGGUGCUCCAGUGCCUCAUGGAAUGCCGCAGUAUCAGGGCGUUCCUCCACCUCAUCCAGGAUAUCAACCUCAUCCACAGCAGAUGCCACAAGGUUAUCAGCCUCACCCGCAACAAAUGCCGCAAGGUGCGCACCAGCAGGGAUACCAGUCUCAUCAUCAACAGGCGCAGAUGGGCGGAGCUCAUCCGCAGGGCUAUCAGUCUCAACAACAGGGAGAGGCGCACCACCAACCGUCACAGCAGCAGCAGGGUUAUCAACCUCAGAUGCAACAGAUGCCACAGCCCGGAGCACAUCAAAUACCACAGCCCGGCUAUCCUCCUCACCAGCAGCAGAUGCCACAAGGUAUUCAUCAGCCGAUGCCCGGAAUGCAACAACAACCCCAUCCCGGUGCCCAGUACGGAAUACCGAACAAUCAGAAUCCUCAAAUGCGCCACCCCGCAGCUCAGGGAAUACAUCCAGGAGUCCAAAUAGUACAAGGAAAUGCUCACGGUCUGCCCACUCACGCCCCAAGCGACCCGCCCCCACGACAACCCCAGCCCACUCAAUAUAAUCCACAACAGCGGCAGCCUGCCGUAGAACAAAAACAGGCAGAAGAUACCAACGCAAACACGGCAAACCAGAAACAAGGAAACUAGAAGGCGCCACUUCGGGAUUUGGCCCCCGACUC